AUGCCUCUGGGGCCGGGGCACCGCACACCACCAGGUACCGCCACGCGCGCUGCAGCAGAGACGAGAGUCCUGUUUAGUGCCAAGGUAGCUGCCCAGCAGUUUGCCUACGCGCUGCGUCCCCCAUCCUUAUCUCCAAGACUGCUGCAGUUGGAGUGUACCGGCCCGGAAGAGGCAAUUAUUGCCAGCAGCCGGGCCCUACUUUUGCCCAGUGGCAUCUGCAGUUACGUAGGUGCUGCAGCUCUGUGCCCCCCCAAGAUGCUCCGUGAUCCGGUUUUCACCUUGGCCUUUGCCGCUGAUCAGAACCGAUCAUUGCCUCCUUCGCCUACGCUACAGCACACGCUGGGGCCGACGGCGAAGCCCACUGGCUCAGAAAGUGCGGCUGCAGUUUAG